GACGUCUCGCAGAUAGAGCUGGGCAUAUUACUACUCUCGUUUCGGACUAGUACAACGUUGAGUAGAUCACAAGGAUGGGGUACUCGUCCGACAACUCGAGGACAAUUGUCCUGUGUGGAAUUCUCCUAGCCCUGACGACAAGCCUGAUUGCCGUGAUCAUUGGUUCGGUCAGUCUAGCCAAGUCGAGUCAUAGUAUUGCGCAGAUUAACGCUCUCACAGAGCCAUGGUAUAGGGCUAACCAAGAAAAGGUAUGGACGAUCGCAAUUGGAGAUUUUGGUGUAAACUUGGAGUAUUUGGACGAGGUGUCUUAUCAGAUCAAAGGAUACAAUGUGGACGUGGUCGAGGCAGUUUGUAAGCUGGCCAAUAAGACCUGCGUUCUCAUGCGGGAUGUCAACCAGCGGUGUUGGGAUUCGGAGCCGGGCCAGCAGGCACGGGGAGGCGAGGGACUGAUGUCCGGUUGGUACGACGCAUGCACAGGUUGGGUUAAGACCUACCCACGAAGCUUAACUUUUGACUUCACUCGUGCCUUUGUGAAACGAAAGGAUGUCGCCAUCUACGCUCUCAAUACAUCGACCGUCGACUACCGUGAUCUGACGGGGCUCAACGUCGGGUUCAUUGACGGCUGGGCAUCGGAUGAACACUGCCUAGCCAGAUAUGUUUCCAAUGGUAUUACGGGUGCUAGUCUUCCAUCAGACCGUAUUCAUCAUUUAUCUAGCGGGAUGGAGCUUAUUCAAGCGUUACGGAGUGGGCAGAUUGAUGUAGCCUUUGCUAUCAAGCUGCCUCAGCUCGAAGCCGGAUUCCGGCGCCUCACUCCGACCGAUUUUGCGAAUAACUGCUAUUUGGACGGAGCCGGCAUGAUGACCCGGAAGGAAAAUACACAGUUUGUGACCUGGUGGAAUGACGCGUUUGGACGUCUCGUUGGAACACCCACCUACGAUGAUAUAUGCACGAGACUCAAGACUGUUCAUGGACACAAGCCAGGAUCUGGAGCCAAAGAUGUGUGUAUCGGCUACUAGCGUAACAUUCGUCGGUCUUGCCUGCUUUUAUCAAGAGACUUUGUAUUGUAUUCUAGAAUUACAGUCUAAAUUUGAGGUCUCAGUUUUACAAAGAGUUGCGAUAGUUCUAGAUUGAUCGUAAGUUUUAUAAUCAAUCGCAAACUUACAAACAUCUAUCUCCUUAAUCUGUUAGAGAUUUGCGAAUGAUUUCAAGUAGCGAUCAAUUUGAAUAAAUCGCAACUCUUUUUAAGACCGGGGGCCCAUAUAUGUCUUGUAUUUUCUAGUGUGCCUUGUAUAUUCUGUAGCAAUUGGUCACUAAUAAUUAUUAUCUGCUCAUUAUUAUCUUGAUUUGAUCUUCCCGAUGUAUUCAAAAUCCGUGGCCAAAAUGUUUGUAUAUAUUUUGGAAGUGUAAUUAUUGAUUAAGUCAUCUAAGUCAUAAUUCUCUCUAUAAAUUCUCAGUGCCACUUGAAAAUCAAUCUAUAACAAUAAUAAUCCAGAAAUUGAACUGAUCGUUAAGGUCAUGAUCGCGAUUGUGUUGAUGAGAAUCUCUCUAAUACCGUUUUACUCAGUGGAGAGAUAGAGAAAGAGAGGGAGAGAAAUAGAAAAGAAAUAGAAAGUAAGAGAAAAUAAUGUGGGAGGGAAGCGUCAAAGUUUCAAAAAAAGAUAAUAGACCCUUUUCACCCUAUGUAUUCAUGCUCUUUCACAUUUAAUCAAAUAUUAAACCUCACUAAGCCUAGUUGUCAACUAACGUUGUACUAUAGCCUAUGCAAUAAUUUCACACCUACAAGUAGCUAGUUGAAAUUAGAAUUACAAUUAUUAUCAAUAUAUAUUAAGAUAAAUUAAAAUGAAUAAAACUAAAAUGAAAGCAGAUUUCCAAGUUUGUUUUAAUCUAAAAACAUUUAUUAGUUUUGUUCUUUAAUGUAACAUUCAAAUGCUUCAACAACAUUUCGUCCCUACAAUAGGCUUUCUCUCCUUGAAAAUAAAAUAACGAAAUUUUAUGUUUUUCAAGAGUUAAUUGGGAAGCGCUGAAGAAUAAACCUAACUUUGAAAAAUGUAAUCAUAUCUUGUUGAACCAGAUAUAUACUAUUUUGCUUAAAAUUCAUACACCCCAAAAGGGGAAAUUCCAAUUCCAAUAUUGCCUUGAACAUCUUUAGACGUUACUGUGUAUAUCACAGUUUGUGUUUGUGUCUUUACAUACGUUGAAACAUCUUCCAUGAAAUCAGAUUGUCGAGUGUAUUUGAAUAAUCAUACCAAUUACCAUGUCCAUAAAUGAUGAUUAUGAUAUUGAUGAGGAUGAGGAUGAG